AUGGGGACUGAGGACUCGCCAUACCACAAGGCCUUGAUGGCUGUCCCCGUCAGCCUCAGGGGCAUGCCGCGAAGUCCCCGAGUCAUCGUUUACACACUAGCUUUCAUCGCCAUCUUCUAUUCCAUUCCCUGGCUGAACUUAGGAUCCAGAGACGGCAUCAUCCCUCCCCUGUUUCAGCGCAGGCCGAGAUAUGACGUCCUGCAAUAUGUUGAUCCGUUAAUCGGGACGGCCAACGGAGGCCACGUCUUCCCCGGUGCGACUCUCCCCUACGGCAUGGCCAAACCCGUAGCCGACACCCAAUCUCCCGGUGAAAACGCAGCCGGCUACGUGAGCGACACGAACCCGAUCCUCGGCUUCUCCCACCUCCACGACUCCGGAACAGGCGGCAACCCAUCGCUAGGCAAUUUUCCUCUGUUCGUGCACCCAGGCUGUGCGAACGACGAUUACCGCGCCUGCCGCUUCGCGGUGAACAACCGCCCCGUGUACCGCAUUCCUGAUCAGGUGUUCGCUUCGCCGGGGUAUUUUGCCAUCAACUUAACGAAUACCGUCAGGGCGGAAAUGACGGCAUCACAGCAUGUGGCGUUGUACAGGUUCGGGUUUAGCGGUAAGGAAAAAGUGGAUACCCUCGAAGGGAGGGGGAUUCCGUACAGUCCGCUGGUGUUGGUUGAUUUGGUCGAUCUGAUGAACAGUCGGUCGGCGGGCGGGGUGCAGGUGUAUCCGGAGUCGGGGCGGAUUGUGGGGGAUGGACAGUAUUCGCCUUCGUUUGGGACGGGGCGGUAUCAAGCUUUUUUCUGUGCGGAUUUUAAAGGGGCGAGGAUCAGGAGGUCGGGGACGUUCAUCGGGGAUGAUGCGAGGGAGGAACCAAAGUUUUUUGGCGGGCAUGAACCCGGAUGGAAUAAUCCGUCGGGGUCGGCGGGCGCUUGGGUGCAGUUUGAACGGCCGGAGGGGGAUGAGUUGUUGGUGAGGGUCGGGGUGUCGUUUAUUUCGGUUGAUCAAGCGUGCGAGAAUGCGGAGAGGGAGAUUGGAGAUUGGGAUUUUGAGCGUGUCGAGGGCGAGGCGAGGACCGCGUGGAGGAAGAAGCUGGGAGCGAUUGAGAUUGAUCCCAGGGGGGUGAGCGAUGAGUUGCAGGUUACGUUCUGGUCAGGGUUGUAUCGAAGUAUGCUGUCGCCACAGAAUUAUACGGGCGAGAAUCAGCUUUGGAACUCGACAGAGCCGUACUAUGAUUCGUUCUACUGCAUAUGGGAUUCAUUCCGGGCCCAGCAUCCCCUCCUAACCAUCAUCGACCCAGUCGCGCAGACCGAGAUGAUCCGGGCUCUGGUCGACAUCUUCCGGCACGAAGGCAAGCUCCCCGACUGCAGGAUGAGCUUCUCCAAGGGCUUCACCCAAGGCGGCUCCAACGCCGACAUCGUCAUCGCCGACGCCUGGGUCAAGAACCUGACCGCUAACAUCGACUGGGAAACCGCCUACGAAGCGGUCGUCUCUGACGCCGAAAUCGAACCCCCCGAAUGGGGCAUCCAAGGCCGCGGCAGCCUGGUCAGCUGGCACAAACUAGGCUACAUCCCCUGGGAUGAUAAAGACGUAAACGGCACAGGCCCCAUGUCCCGGAGCGUGAGCCGCGGCGUGGAAUACGCUUACGACGACUUCUGCAUCGCGCAGCUGGCCGAGGGCCUCAACCGUCCCGCCGACGCACACAAAUACCGCUUGCGCGGCGCCAACUGGCAAAACUUUUGGAACCCCGACCAGCUGGAUCUUCCAAGCCCCGAGAAAACGCAGUAUCGCAACCCAAACGACCCCUCAUCCUAUUCAGAUCUGGUCCCGUUGACUGGAUUUAAGGGUUUUCUGCAACCCCGCCUUCGCAACGGCACCUUCCGCCACCAGCCCGUCCGUACGUGCUCUCCGGUGUCAGACUUCCACUCGUGCUACUUCGACACAGUCUACGACACGUACGAAGGUUCUCCCUGGCUGUACUCCUUCUUCGCGCCGCAGGACAUGGCCACGCUGAUCCGCCUCAUGGGCGGGCGCGACACCUUCGUUUCUCGCCUCGCCUACUUCCACGAGAGCGGCAUCGCAUACAUGGGCAACGAGCAAGCUUUUUUGCCGACCUUUCAGUUCCACUAUGCUGGACGCCCCGGAAUGAGCAGCUACUACGUGAGGAAAUAUAUCCCGUCGUUGUUCAACGCCAGUGUCAACGGCAUCCCGGGCAACGACGACUGCGCGAUGGGCGCGUUCACGGCGUUCGCGAUGAUGGGGUUUUUCCCCGUCGCCGGGCAGGACGUGUACCUUUUGACGCCUCCCUUCUUUAGGGAAGUUAGGAUAAAGGCGUGGGAAGAGGGCAAAUGGGCGGUGAUUAGGGUGCGGAAUUUUGAUGAGAGGGGGAGGAGGAUUUAUGUGCGGGAGGCGUGGCUGAAUGGACGAAAGUACACGAGGAAUUGGAUUACGCAUGGGUUUUUUAGGAAGGGAGGCGUGCUGGAGUUUGUGGUGGGCGAAGAGGAGGGGGAUUGGGGGACGAGAGAGGAAGAUGUACCGCCGAGUUAUCCUGUCAAGGAGUGGGUGCCUAGUCGGGGGAUGAGUCCGGAGGAGUUGGCUGCGGAGUUGGCAGGGUGA